AUGGUGGGCUCUCCUGGCCUGCGGUCUGGGGUGGAUGGGGAGCGGGGGCAGGUGGCCCUUGGUUCCCCAUCAUCUGACUUGGCGUCCUCUCCUGGUCAUGGAGACCAGUUGAGUGCUCGGAGGAUGACAGGCGGUCACUCCCCGGGCAACUUCACGCAGGAGGAGGUUAUUCAGUUCGGUGGGAUUCCGGACCAGGCGGCUGAGGGUCGACGGUUGAGCUGUCGUCUUCAGGGCCGUCCGGAGGUGGACGACAUGCAGCAGCGCUGCGCCGUGAGGGCGGCCAAGCUUCGAAUUUCACUAGGUAGUAAUGAGGGUGAAGUUUCUAAUUCAAUCAAUGAUUUGCUUGAUCUGGAAGCCGAGAGGGCUCUAGAAUUGAUUCGUAACUUAGCCGUCGUAAAACCCAUGAAUGAUUCCGAGAUUGAUGCUUUGGGAGUCCGGGUGCUUGAUGACUUUUGUGCUGAUCUCGCGCCUCCCCUUCAGGAGCAGGAGGAGGAGGAUGAGAAUGUCGAGAUGGUUGUAGUUAGCCCCCCAGAAACGGGGAGAGAGGACCGGGUGCGCACGAGGACCAGCCCUAAGCGCAAAUGGAAGCGCAAGAUAUACCCGAUGUCCGCGUUCAGGGUGCGGUCCAAGGUUGAUGGAUUUGACUGGUCUUUGGUGGAGGUGUAUGGUGCUGCGCAGGCAGAGUUCAAACCCGAUUUUUUGGCCGACCUUGUUAGAGUUUCCGGGUCAGAGCAACUCCCCAUUCUGGUUGGGGGAGACUUUAAUAUUAUUAGGAGACGUGAUGAGAAGAACAAUGAUAAUUCCGACGGGAGAUGGUCGUUCAUGUUCAACACUAUUAUUGAAAGCUUGGAUUUGAGAGAGAUUGAGCUUUCAGACAGCACUGCCGGUGACGAAAAAGAUGGGGAAUUUCAGGUGCAGCCCAGAUGGAGGAAGUUCUUGGCUCAUGUUGGGCCUGGAGCUCUUGUGGCCAUUGGCUUCCUGGAUCCUAGCAACUUGGAAACUGACAUGCAAGCUGGAGCUGACUGCAAGUAUGAGCUUCUGUGGGUCAUCUUAGUUGGGAUGAUCUUUGCGCUCUUUAUACAAACAUUAUCCGCCAACCUUGGAGUGAAAACAGGGAAACACCUUGCCGAACUCUGCAGGGAAGGGUAUCCCCCCUUCGUCAAUAUUCGCUUAUGGAUCAUUGCAGAGCUUGCAGUAAUUUCUGAUGAUAUCCCUGAAGUGUUGGGUACCGCCUUUGCAUUCAACAUAUUGUUCAAAAUUCCUGUGUGGGCUGGAGUUAUCCUCACGGUGUUCAGCACCGUCUUGCUUCUUGGGGUGCAGAGAUUUGGUGCCCGGAAACUGGAGUUCAUCAUAGCAGCGUUCAUGUUCACCAUGGCAGGCUGCUUCUUCGGAGAAUUGAGCUACGUUAGUCCAUCUGCUAGAGAGGUGACCAAAGGCAUGUUUGUCCCCUCUCUGCGAGGGAAAGGUGCUGCUGCCAAUGCGAUCGCGCUCUUUGGCGCUAUCAUCACACCGUACAACUUGUUCUUGCACUCUGCCCUGGUCCUCUCAUGGAAGACCCCACGGUCAAACAAAAGCAUCCGAGCGGCCUGCAGAUACUUCCUCAUAGAGUGCGGCCUUGCUUUCGUCGUGGCGUUCCUCGUUGCUGGAUCUAUUUGCAGUGCUAAUAAUCUCUCUCCGGCCGAUGCUGGCGCGUGUGGCGAUCUUACUCCUCAAUCUGCACCUCUGCUGCUCAGAAAUGUUUUGGGGAGAUCAAGCUCUGUUGUGUAUGUGGUUGCGCUGCUAGCUUCUGGGCAAAGCACCACAAUUAGUUGCACAUUCGCUGGGCAGGUCAUCAUGCAGGGGUUUCUGGACAUGAAGAUGAAGAACUGGGUUAGGAACCUCAUCACCCGGGUCAUCGCCAUUGCUCCAAGCCUUAUAGUCUCCAUUGUGAGCAGUCCGUCAGGCGCUGGCAAGCUAAUCAUCCUUUCCUCGAUGAUUCUUUCGUUUGAGAUGCUGUUCGCUCUCAUCCCUCUCCUCAAGUUCUGCAACAGCAACAAGAAAGUAGGACCCCUCAAGGAGUCCAUCUAUACGGUGAUCAUCGCGUGGGCCCUCAGUGUGGCACUCAUCAUUGUCAACACCUACUUCCUGGUAUGGACCUACAUAGACUGGCUGGCACAUAACCACCUCCCAAGGUACACCAACGUGCUGGUCUCUGUGGUCAUCUUUGCGCUCAUGGCUGCCUACCUCGUCAUCGUUGUGUACCUGACGUUUAGGAAAGACAUGGUGGUGACUUACGUACCAGUGGCAGAGAGGGUGCAGGGCCAGGCGGAGGCUGGUAGGGCACCGGUGUUGGCGUCCGGUGCAGACGGGGACCAGCCAGCGCUGUACAGGAAAGACCUAGCCGAUGCCUCAAUGUAGCUAGUAUACCAUGAUGGAUGAGAGUGUGCUCAAUGGUGUCCUUUGCUUAUGUGCUACGGUUAUACUUCCCUCAAGCAUGCUGUGCAUCCUAUACAUGUUCAGUGCAUACAAGUGUAUUACUAUUGUGGUUGGUUCAUUGGUUGCAUUUGUUGAAACAUCCAGAUGUGUGGUGGCCUGUAUUUGUGAAGACAUGCUGAAGUGAGAGUUUUUUUGGUAGGCUAUA